AUGUUUGAGAACUGUCUGGCUGCGGACGUUCUUGCCAGUUUGCGCGGCAGGGCAAGCGGCUGGAGUGAGGAUGCUGCAGGACAGAGGCUGGCGCGGCUAUCGAUCAAAGUGGAUUCGAGCAAUCGAGCCAACCAGGGUGGAUCUUCCUCGGAUGAGUACUGGAUUUCGGGGGAUCACCUGGGCGGCAGUCUAGCUGUUGAGAGCGCACUCCCGAUAACAAUCACUCGUGCCCGAAUCAGCCUGGAAGAUUUCGGUAACAAAGAACAGUUCCUAUCACAAGUACACCAACUGGACCCUCGCGACUUCUGCAGAGUUGUAAUAGACGGGAGCGGCACAAAAGCUACGUCUGCGCACUUUGCUUUCUCAAUUUCUCAUGCCGCGUUGACGAAAGCACCUAACGUUCCUCAGCAAUGCCUCCAACUUCCACCGUCCAUGACAGUUGGGGCUAUAUUGCAAGACGAGAACAGUGGCCUUGACUACGCGCAACCCAAGAUCAUAUAUUCUCUGGUCGCCAAUGUUGAGAUCCGGUCUGGUAGUGGUCACCAAAUGACGAUUUACGGGAGCAAGGAGGUACCCAUCUGGUUGUUCUCAGCUCCUAGCCCCCCGGUCGACACCAGAGACUUCCCUGCAGAGUUUGUCGAAGAGCUUUACCAUCCAUGCCGGCCGAAUCGAUUUCGCAAAGAGACAUUCUUGGUAACAGUGUCUAGUGCGGAGCCGUCGCCCGUCCGGUUCGAUAACAGAAGGACACGCGGCAACGUUACUUGCAAGGUAGUUGUCACUGUGGCAGACACACGGUUAGGGUCCGACGUAGACCGCUUAUUGGAACUGUCUCCGAAAAUCCGUCUCAGUGUCACUCCAGCGCUGCGGAUCAAGACGUUCUACUCGAUGUCACCUUUUAGUAGGAUGCCUGGGCAGACCAUGUUAACCACGACAGGACGCAUCAGGCUACACGACGAGCUCCGCACACUCCCGUCUAUCUCUUACUCCAACCUAGGGUGGCAUAGCAAUCAAGCCGACGUCGACGACCAUGAAGCCCAGUCGCUGGGUUCCGCAGUGUUUGCUACCGUGUCGAUGGUGCUUCCGAUACCGCCGGGCCUACCGCCAUCAUUCUGCAGCGCUGUAGUGUCGCAACAGUACAGCCUCAUCAUGCAAUGCAAAAUCAAAGGGGUCCAAGUAGAUACCUUUGGGCUCGAAGUGCCCCUGCAAAUCUUCUACGACCGUUCGAAAUCUGGCCAGAAGCUCGAAAAUGGUAUGUCUGGAUCUCCGCUCGUUGCCGAUUCCCUGGAGAGAUCGAUCUCUCAGCGAUCUGCGGAUCGACUUGAGGGUAACGGCGCAGUCAGCCCCACUCUGCAGCAGGACCAUAGGCUGUCACCACCCGAUUAUGGCCUAUGA